UUAGCUAUUCGUCUUCACAUAUACUCUAAUCCCCAAACAUGUCAUCACUCAUUUCCCGACUCUUUGGAGAUGAAAGAUUGGAUCCCUUCCUUUCUGUGAUCAACCAGUGUCCGGUACUCAACACCCCAACUGAUUGGAAGGAGACCCCGAAAGCUUACGUUCUGGUCUCCGACCUGCCGGGGCUGAAGAAAGAGGAGGUGAAGGUGGAGGUUGACGACGGCAGAGUGCUCCAAAUAAGUGGCGAGAGGAAAGUGGAAGAUGAUAACGGUAGUGCUGGUAAGAAUGAUACUGAAUAUAAGUGGCACCGUGUUGAACGUUAUCGCGGCAAGUUCCUUAGGAGGUUUAAGUUACCGGAAAAUUCCAAGAUAGAUGAGAUUCAGGCGUCCAUGGAGAACGGAGUGCUUACUGUCACUAUUCCCAAGCAGGAGGUUCCAAAACCUCAAAUGAAAGUCGUUGAGAUUGAAGCUCAUUAACUAAUUGAAGGUG